AUGACUAUCUCGAAUCCCACCCCCAAGCACACUUUCGCGGAUCGUGCAGCUGCCAACAAUUUCAACGAUGCUCAGAUUCUCAAUUCUAACAACAGCGCUGGCGCCGACAUUCCAGAGAAGUCGGAUGUCGUUGUUGCCGGUGGUGGUAUUCAUGGCUUGAUCUAUGCGAUCCACGCGGCCACAUAUCAUCCUGGAAACCUUAGUAUUUCUCUGGUCGAGAAGGCCAGCAAGCCUGGCUACAAAAUUGGCGAGAGUACGCUGCCGCUGUUUUCAUUGUGGUGCAAGAUGCACGGCCUCACAGCUGAGUAUCUCCUGCGACUCUUCGGCCUCAAGGACGGGUUGGCCUUCUAUUUCCUCGAUCGCGAGAAGCAGGGGGAGUAUACCGAUUUCUGUAGCAAUGGCACACCUGGUCUCUUCCUGAGUGGCUAUCAAGUUGAAAGAUCCAUCAGUGAGCUUCUCUUUACGCUUCUGGCUCAACGCAAGGGCGUGAAUGUCUACCACGGUCGCCAGGUCGAUUUCAACGCCAGUGAUAUCAAUGGCGGAGCAGACCGUAGCAGCAUUUCCAUCAAUCCAGGCAAAUUCGACGGAAAGCCAGCCACCAGCAUCAACUCAUCCCUACUGGUCGACGCCACCGGCCGUUUCCGCCAGCUGGCAUCCAAGAAGGCCCCGUUGCAACGCUUCGAGGGCUGGAACUAUGAUUCCUUCUGGGGAUACUUUACUGCGCCAGCUGACGAGAGCAAGAUUCCUUUCCGCCACUAUGAAGGUGACCACACCAACCAUUUGUGUUUCCCUGAGGGUUGGGCCUGGGUCAUCAAGCUCCCAUCAUGGGAAGGCAGUUCAACUGCUAACCUGAUGGACAUGAUCUCGUACUUGCUGGACUUGGCCGAGGCCGCUGUCCCGGGAGAUCAAAUCCCUAGCUCUCUCGAGCUCGCAAAAAUGUUUGACCUUAAGUUUAAGUGGGUCACUAGUAUCGGAUUUGCUGUGCGCAACGAUGUCAAGUACCCUGAAGACAUGUCGGCCUACGGCACGCGGGAGGCCGAGCGCAAGUUCAACUACUUCGUCCAGAAGUACGACCUCAUCAAGGAGUUCAUGACCAACUACGAUCUCAUUGAGAAUCUUUACGGCCCCGGCACCACUUGGUACAUCCGCAAGUCUCUCACAUACCAGUCGCCCGUGGUCUCUGGUCCUGGAUGGCUCGGUAUUGGCGACGCUUGUGGUUUCACAAACCCGCUGCAUUCCCCUGGUAUCACCGCUGCUAUGUCAACUUCGACUUACGCGGCCGAGCUUACGCACAAGGCUCUUGACCAGGCCAAGACUAAGGCAAAUCCCGAGGCUGCAGAGCUCGCCAUCCGCGAAACAUUAGCACCUUAUGAUGAUUUCGCGCGCCGGCUUAUCCCUUCCCUGAACCAGAUGAACCGCUUUAACUACGUCUGCUUCCGCGAUCCCCGGCUGGGCCCUCAGGUCUCCUGCCUCUGGCAGUUCUUCGCCGGCCUCGGCAUCCCAGGCUGGCAACUUAUUCGCCAAGACUACAAUCUGAACAUGGAGACAUACGUGCCACACUCAAUCAACUGGGCAUGGGGAUCUAUGACGCCAGAGUAUGACUCUGUGGCCCGUCAGACCAUUGAGUUGCUUACCCCAAUUCCGCUGGAAGAUACUGUGCCGGAAUCCCUGGUCAACCAGGUCAUCGAGCUUUCCAACGCCGUCAAGCGUGUCACAGUCGACGGCGGUCGUUUCAAUUUCCGCUGGGACGGUCUGCUUCGUUACUACGACCUCUACCUCAACUACAACCCUGAUGAGCCCACUAAGGAUGUCUUCUCGCGUCAGUGUCGGGAAUGCAGUACCUGGCUUCACUGCCGUCCGGACUGGCGCCGUUGCUACAAUUGCGGUGAGAUACGAUCUGAAGAGGAUGCUGCUAUCACUUGGAACCCACCUCUUGAUGUCAAUGAUGUCAAGGCGUUGGUGCGUGCCUCCGAUGCGAAGCCAGCUGCAAGAGGAGGCCACAGUGCAGUCAAAGAAAAAAUCGCGGAGCCUGUGGUGUCGACCCUCCCGGUGGAGGUUGUGAACUGA